AUGGACCCACGUGCACCGAACUCAUGGGAAUUCAUUCGCCAGCUGUCCAGCGAUCCAAGCAAUGUCGUUAUCGGUAUCGCUCGGGAUCAAGCUGCUACUGAACAGAGAGUGUCACAAGAGCUGCCCGGCAGAUCCAAUCUUCAUAUUCUGAAGGGAGACCUUCUCGAUUAUUCGUCACUGCAGAGUGCUUCUCACGAGACGGCUAAGAUCACUGGCGGAGGACUAGACUAUCUGAUUGCCAAUGGUGCCCUCUUGUCACAGUUUGACACUUACGACCCGAUCGGAGUUUUGGGCCAACAACCCGAAGCCUUUGAGGAAAAUCUACUGGAUUACUUCAAAACCAACGUCGUCGGAAACAUCCACCUCCUCAACCUUUUCACCCCUCUGAUCCUCAAGGGCCAUACCAAAAAGGUCAUCGCUAUAUCAAGCGGCCAUGCUGACCUGGACCUUGUCACAAAGUUCAACGUUGAUCUGGCUACCUCCUAUAUGAUCAGCAAGGCAGCUAUGAAUGCGGCAGUGGCCAAGUUCAGCGCGCAGUACGCGAAGGACGGGGUGCUGUUUAUGAGUAUUUGUCCCGGAAUGGUGGAUACGGGACAUUUUGAAAAGGCAACCGAAGAGCAAAAGCCAGCGCUACAGAGAAUGCUCGCCUCUUUCCAAGCCUUCGCGCCUUAUUUCAAGGGUCCCGCUAGUCCCGAGGAGUCUGUCAAAGACGUUCUGUCCGUGAUCAACAAUGCUAGCGUCGAACGAGGAUAUGGUGGAUCGUUUAUCUCUCACUUCGGAAACAAGCAGUGGAUUUAA